AUGUCAGCUGGUUGGUGCUGCACCUCUCAGACUCUGCCACGCCCUGCUUCAGCAUCGACCGCGUGCAUGGUAAGUGCCACACGCCACGUCGCAACAACGACGUCGGGGAUGCCCUGGAGCAUUUCUCGCGCGUGGCGGCGUGGGCGCGCAACGUUGCGGCGUACCUGCAGCGCCUCUUUGACCUCCCGCUGGACAAGGCUUCCUGGGACAGGGGCGCCAUCGGCCGCGACCAGCCACCGAUACCCGUGCUCCCCCUGCUGCAGGAGCGACACGGGGGCGAGGGUGGCAGCGUGGCAGCCGACGACCGCGCAGCCCCGGCUCCGGCAGGGACCGCGGGCCUCGUCGCCACCGUUGGCCCCUGCCACGGAGGGCCUCGCGGGCAGCGCGCUCUUGGGCCUCUCCGACAUGAACCUCUUGCUCGAGGAGGAGGCGCGGGCCCUGCGGCAGAAGUCCGCCGCGCUGGCGGAGGCCCUCCCCAGCGCCGACGGCGGACGCCUCGCCACCGCCGCCGAGGCGAGGCCUGCGGCCACGCUGGCGCACUGCGCCUCGGUCUGCAGUCAGUUGGCAGCCGCCAUGGACUACAUCGAGAGCAUGCUUCGGAGUCAGCUCGUCGCUGCCAUCGGCAAGGAGGUGACGCCAGCUGCCUUCGCGGAUUACAUGAGGUUCCACUGCCGUCGGCUCUUCGCUGCACCGUACGCCCCAUCGCCGUUUUGCUUCGCGGUGCGCCGCUCCGAGGGUCACUCGCCCGAGGGCACCGUGAGCAUCGAGCAGGAGCCUCGCGACCCAGGCGCUGAGUCCAGCAUUGCCGAGCCCAUCGUGACCAUGGUCGCGCGGAGCAAGAGGUCCCACCCGAUGCAGUUCCCCCUCAGCGCCUCCGCCAACGUGACCUUCAAGGGGGACCGCUACCUGCAUGCCUGGCUCAGCCACCAGUUCACUGGGCACGCCAACCCCAAGCUCGCACUGGUCUCCAAGGCACGCCAAUUCAGUUCGAUGAUCGUUAUGGUGGGCCGCAUUGUCUCGGCAAGCGUCUUCGAGCCGAAAUGCGCGGCCAUUGUUCAGAACAAGGACGAGCUCAGUAUACCCCUAGAACUGUCCACGAUCCCGACGCCCAAGGAGUUCAGGGACGCUAUCGAGUCGUUGUCGCCAGAGCAGCAGCGCUUCGCCAAGGCUUUCCGCGCCAUGCAGCUGGAAAGCACGCUCUUCGGCGCCCUCGUGAUUCAGAUCAGGCCGCAGCUCGAGAAGGUGCUGAACCUCUCGGAGGACAGCCUCGCGAAGGAGAUAAAGCUGACGCAGGACUUGAUGCAGCUCUUCAUCAAGUAUCAGAUUCCCAGCGACCUGCUCUCCUUCGACGCCUCGACCUCCGCGCGGGCCCAGGCCCCCGGCGACGCCUCGACCUCCGCGCCGGCCUGGGCCGCCGAGGCGGCCCGCGGCGAGCCGGUGGGCGGCGCCACGGCCUCGCAGCGCCUGUCGGCGGUCCGGGAGAACGUCAAGGCCAUGAUGGCAGUCAUCGAGGACGAGAAGAAGGAGGAGCUCCAGGAGAGGACCCUGGCGGCGCGCUUCGAGGCUCCACUUGUGGACCGCGGCGUGGUGAUGGACGACUUGUGCGACAUGAUGAUGCCGGCCAGCAUGCCGGCGCCGGUGUCGGCCAGCAUGAGUUUGGGCCCGAAGAGGGCAGAAAGGAUGCGCUCCAGGAGGUCCGUGGCGGAGAGCGCAGUUGCAAUGAGGUGCGCGGUACCGUGCAGUGCUCCUAUGCCACCCAUGGCGGCUGCGGCGGCGGCUCCAGUGCCCGCCACGGCACAGGCGGCCCCAGAAGCGGGGUCGGCGCGACUACCCCCAGCGCAGCCGUCGCAGUGGCAGCCGCCCGCUGGCGACGGAGCUGGGGAUCGGGUCAGCGAGGACGCCGCCAGGGAUUACACCCGCGUGCCCAGGGAGAUGGACCAGCAGUUUGAGGCCCUGGACACAGACAGCGCCCUGCGGCCCACCAUCAUCACCCCUGGCGACCUCUGGCGCAAGAGGUCGCAGAGGGCCCUCCUGGCCAAGCCCAGCGACGCCACCCUGGACGGCGACGAGCAGAAGCGGGAGCGUGUCGCAGCCUUCGACCUCCUCGACGCCUUGACGAAGUCCGGCGCCCUGCCCGUGGAGGCCGCGAGCCUCCACGUUCUGGUGGCUGCCACGCACUGCUUCGACAAGAGCGUCACGGACACCGUCGUCCAGGAUAACGUGUCGCCCAUUGAGAAAGUGGAGCGCUCUUCCUUGAUCACGGCGGCCACGGUGCACCAGGUGCCAGUGGCGGCCCUGCUGGAGGGCUCGCAGCUCUCGCGGGUGCGCAGCAGCUGCCCAGCGCUCUUCGUGGAAGACGGCGAGGCGAACGCAGUGGCCUGA